CGCGCCUGUGCAGUGCCGGGGGGCCGGGCCGAGCCCGCCGCGUUACACAACCGGCCGCCGCCACAGCCGAGUUUCACAAGUCCCGCCGCGACCGCCCGCAGCCCGCGCCCCCCGUGCGCCCAUCCCCGCGCUGCCCGCGCAUCUCCGGCGCUGCCUCCCGCCCUGCCCGCGCUCAUGCCAUGUCACCGCCGGGCUGCGGGACCCCGCGGCSAGCGGUAACCCCUGUGGCCCGGGGGGCACCGCGCCGGGGCUGGGCAUGGCACUGAGCUCGGCUCCGGGACGCGCAUCCUCCUAGACGGAUUAAUUUUUCUCCGUCUCUAUUUACAUGGUGAUAAGAAGUGCUAAUCCCACUCUGUCAGUCUGGACUGAUGAAUCUGAGGAAUAGAACAGAGCCCUGUGUUGUGUAAACGAACUGAUGGAUGAAGAUGAGAAGGACAGGGCAAAGAGGGCAUCACGCAACAAAUCUGAGAAGAAGAGGAGAGACCAGUUCAAUGUCCUCAUUAAAGAGCUUUGCACGAUGCUGCAGGGCCACGGGCACCCUCUCAAGAUGGACAAGUCCACAAUACUGCAGAGGACCAUCGACUUCCUACAGAAACAGAAAGAAAUCACAGCACAGACAGAAGCCUGUGAGAUUAGACAAGACUGGAAGCCUUCAUUUCUUAGCAACGAGGAGUUCACCCAGUUGAUGUUAGAGGCACUAGAUGGCUUUCUCAUUGCUCUUACCACUGAUGGGAUUAUUAUUUAUGUAUCUGAUAGUGUUUCGUCUCUGCUAGGACACUUACCGUCAGAUUUGGUGGACCAAAAUAUAUUAAACUUUCUGCCUGAGCGGGAGCAGAGCGAAGUGUACAAGCUCCUUUCUCCACAUGUGCUCAUGACGGAUCCURUUGCAGCUGAUUUUCUCAAUGCUGAAAAACAAAUAGAGUUUUGUUGCCAUUUAGCAAGAGGCAGCUUAGAUCCAAAUGAACCCCUGAUGUAUGAAUAUGUGAAAUUUGUAGUGGAUUUUAAAUAUUUUACUCAUGUGCCUACACCCUCCUGUAAUGGCUUUGAGUCAGCUAUUGCACGAGCUUUCAGGUCAGCCACGGAGGAGCAGAUCUGCCUGGUAGCGACUGUUCGUCUGGUCACACCACAGUUCCUAAAGGAGCUCUGCAAUGUUGAGGAGCCGUGUGAAGAAUUUACAUCAAGGCAUAGUUUAGAAUGGAAGUUUUUAUUCUUGGACCACAGGGCUCCGCCUAUUAUAGGAUAUUUACCCUUUGAGGUUCUGGGAACGUCAGGGUAUGAUUACUACCACGCAGAUGACCUGGAGCUUCUUGCUAGGUGCCAUGAACACUUGAUGCAGUUUGGAAAAGGAAAGUCCUGUUACUAUCGKUUCCUGACCAAAGGGCAGCAGUGGAUCUGGCUGCAGACACACUACUACAUCACCUACCACCAGUGGAACUCCAAGCCCGAGUUCAUCGUUUGCACUCACCUGGUAGUUAGUUAUGCAGAAGUUCGGGCUGAGAGAAGGCGAGAUCUUGGCCUUGAAGAGUCAUCAAUUGAACUGGCAUCCUCUUCUCUAAAGAGCCACAGCAGCUAUCUGGAGGUGGGGCAGUGUGGCAGCAGCCAGGACGCCAGCCGGGAGGGAGUGUCGCUGUCAUCGCACAGCUCUCGGCGCUCCUCGCACACCGCGCUCUCCGACUCCACGUCCACAUCGUCCCUGCGGCGCACAGACACCAGCACUCCCACCCGGCCGGCAGGACCCGCUCCGGCUGACAAGACAGCGCUGCGGAUGGCAGCAGGGAGCACCCAGGCCAUAGCCACUCCUCAAGCCCCUGGUGAACACCUCCCUCAGCACCCCGUGGCUCAGCUGGCAGUGCCCUCCCAGCACCCUGUGAUGCCAGUGUACCAUUUCCCCAGCCAGCUGGGGAUGAUGCACCAGCUGAAGGAGCAGCUGGAGGAGAGGACUCGCAUMCUGCAAGCUGACAUCAAGACACAGCAAGAGGAGCUCCACGUCAUCAAGGAGCAGCUCCAGCUCGUGCAGGACUCCAACCUGCAGAUGCUGAUGCAGCAGCCCAUUCCUGUGGUCUUUAACAACGUGCAGCAGCYGAGCCCCCGGCGGCCACCACCCCAGGGGACAGCCAGGCAGACCCCGGCCAAGAAGCCCCAGCAGCCAGGCCUCAUGGGGACGAAGCACUACUGCAGCUCCCACCUGCUGUCACCGCGCCCGUUCCUCAGGGACCCCUGUGGCACAGCCCCCCAGGUGCAGCAGCAGCAGCAGCAGCAGCAGCAGCAGCACCUAAUGAGAGGAAGCCAAGGCCAGCAAACGUGUGUGCAGGGGCAGGCGAGCGUUCCCGUGCCCCUGUACAACAGCCCCAUGGUGUUCCCCCAAACUCACCCCAUCGCCGUGGCUGCACAGGGAGCGGCUGAGAGUGCAGAGAGGCAGCCCCCGGCCGACUACAGCCAGGACAGGAGCCUCAGGAUGCUGUUGGACCAGUCCAUCCAAGCCAUGAUGCCUGCAGCCAACAGCAGUGGCCAGCCCGUGCAGAGCAGUGCCAGCAGGCAGCAAGGAAAGUUCCUCRCAGAGCAGCAGAGCCUGCCUCCCCCAGCACAGGCACAGCCUGUCACCUGCAGCAGUGUCCGGCCCCCGGCCCCAGCGCCCAUCUUCUCCCCAUCUCUGAUGAUCCCACACAGCAGCUUCACACCCCACCAGGCCAAUGCACCAGUGCACCUCCACCAGUGGCCACAGCAGCAGGUCCAGCAGCACCGCCUCUACCUUCAGAUGCAAGGUCCCGAGCUGGUGCCGGGGGCUCCGACGCAGCGCAUUUUCCAGCCGCCCCACACCCCGCAGCAGAACCCCCUGAGCUACUUCCUCCACCCGCAGCAGCAGGGCCACCACACGCAGGGCCAGCCCUGCAACCUGCCCGACCUGCCCGAGAUGCAGCUGCCCUGAGAGUCGGCUCUGGGACACAGGGAGCACAGGGCUGCAGCCGCCGCGCCGGGCGCACGCAGGGGAGCGCGAUGCCGUGGGAGCGCGGCGCAGGAGAGGUCGGCUCCGUGGGGAGAGGGGGCUGGCAGGAUGAUCCCUGACAGGGAUGCGUGGCUGCAAGGGCCUCGUUGGGUGGGAUUUCCGUGCAGCCAGUCCGUGCUGCUGCCCCGGCAGCAGGGUGUGCCCUGAGCCGGCACCGCGGGGCCACUGGAAGUGGUGUUUUCUGGCUGCAGGGAGGCGAGAGAUCAGGUUCGCCAUGAAGCUGUUUGCAAUGGAAAAAACCCUUUUCCAUUCAGGACUUCAAUGCUGAAAGUCACUGUGAAUUUAAGCCCAGCAUUUGGAGCACAUAGACUGUACCAGUCCACAGGAUACCAUUGGAUUACCGUGUACAUAACUCAUUUUGCUGUAGUAGGUCCAUUGUGGAUUCUUUUUCCUUUUUCUAUACCUCAGUCCCGCAGUUUUUUGUUUUCCAGGAGAUUGGAUAAUGCUGCUAAUUUACAUAACACCACUUUUGCCUGAAUUUCUUACUGUUGUUAUACCAGCUCACAUCGCAGCUAGUACAAUAUUUGUCAUGUUUUAUUUUUGGUUAAGAAGUGAAGAUAAAUUUGUAUGGUUUUUACUCCCUGUAGCCAAAUAUUUUUCAGGUUACAGACAAAGAAUCUUUACUCCUUUUCUUUUUGUUUCAAGUGAUGUAGUUGUAUAUGUUUCUAUACAUAAAAACAAACAUGCAUAGAACAACAUAUGACAGCAAACUUUGUGGUUUUGCUAGGUCAUGUUUCAAUUUGGCGAACCCAAAACAUAUAAUCAUGGCACACGCGAUGUUACAAGCCCGUAGGGUCAGCAAUAAAUUGUAUUUUUGUAAAUUGUCACUUUUUAACUAUAAGUUUAUAUUUAUGAAUUGAAAAACCAGUUUAUUCCUCAGUGGGUGUAUAGUUAARUGUCCCUACUGUUUGUGUCUUUCCAAGGGAAAAACUAAAAAGUACAUUUUKGAAGUGUUAGUAGCUGAGUACUAACUUUGGGCACUGUUAGAGCCCAAAUGCACGAGGUGGGUUUGGCCAUUAUUAUAAAUUGGCAGAGGUUAGUUAGGACCAGGUCCAUCUAGCAGUAAAGCUCCAGCUGGUAGUCAGAGCAAAGUUUAGAGAGGAGUUAGCUCCUAAUGUCUGUUGAAACCAAGCAAAGAACGCUUGGUUUUGCCUUUUUUUUUCCUUUUUUUCAAUUUAUUUCCUUCUUUUCCUUCUGCAAGCCACUUUCAUGUCCCUUYGCAGCGCUGCAGCAGCUGGUGUUAYUGGUGUUACUGGUGUUASUGGAGGAGCAGCCUUUSGCACMAGCAGCCCCAAGCAGCCCUGUGUUUCAGGAAAAGGGCAUGGCAGGUUUCCUCCAGCCCUGGCAGAGCAGGGGCUGUUUCCCAGCAGUUCUUGCUGGGGACGGGGCUCUGCUGUGCCACRUUGCCUGGGGCAGUGAUGGUGGGARCUCAGGCUGCUGGAGCUGGGGGCAGCCAGGAGCUUUCAGGGGCUGCUGUAAGGCCCUAGGGUGCUUUGGUGUUUUGGCCAGGGCAGAGGGGAGCUUGUGAACAAAAGCUGUGCCAGCCCCUGGCUUUCCAUGGGUCCCCUCCCGUGGCAGAAGGAUGGCUUUGACUGGGGCAUUGAGUGCACAGCUCCCAGGGUUCCAGCCACGAUGGGUCAUGGCUUGCAGAGCUGGCCACUUGCAGCAUUUUGGGGAUUGUAGUGGGCCAUAGAAUGGAGGCAGUGAGUGCCUGGGUACAAUGUUGGGUUUGUGCCUUGUCAGCAYAGCCCCAGCURGGCCCA